AUGGCGACCAUCAUGGGCGGAGAAAGCAAUCUGAACCGUGCCGUCGUGUACGCCGAACCUGGCACAACCAAGACGGAGGUCGUGGAACUUCCGAUCCCGACUCCCGGCCCGGGGGAAGUCCUUGUUAGACUGCAGUAUUCUGGCGUAUGCCACACUGACUAUGGUUUUUGUAUGAAUGCCUUCUCGUCAGUGCCAUUUCCGACACCAAAAGGUAAGUCCUUUGAAACCUAG